AUAUUUAUUAUUAUGACUCUACAUUAAUAAAUAAUAGAUUUUCUUUAUUAAAUCCAAACUAUAAUCAUCUCAUAAAUAUGUAUAAAUAUAAUCCUUUCAUUACUACGUAUGCCAUUUCUGAAGACGAUGACGUACCGUUCAGUAGAUUGCAAGUGUUUCCUGAAGAUAAUGAAAUUUCGAUAAGAUUAUGGAAUCACAAAACAGAAAAUGAGAUACUCGACAUGUGUAUUUAUAUUAAAAGAGAUCGAGUUGAAAAAACAUCGGAUAAAUGGCAGAAAUUAGAAUCGGAUAAUGCUAAAAUGCUUUAUUUAUUCGAGUCGGAAGAUUUUUCAGAUGUUAUUUUUCUAAUAGGAGAAGACUUUCAAAAAUUUUUUAAGGCACAUAAAAUAUAUUUAGCGGCUGCCAGCAAUGUAUUCGAAGAAUAUUUUCUAAAGAAUAAUUAUCAGGAAAAUAAAGUCAUAAAGAUUCCCGACAUCGAUCCUUACACUUUCGAAUCGCUUUUAUAUUUUAUUUAUAUUUCGAAAUUGAAGACGACGUCCGUAGAAAAAUCUAUAUUAUUGCAAUCUGCCGCUGAAAAAUUCCAAUUGAAUGAUCUGAUAUCUUCUUGCAGAGAAUAUAUUUUAGAUCAUUUGACACCGAAUAAUGUAUGUCAAGCGUUAGCUCACGCUAUUAAGGAGAAUGACAAAGAGUUGCGAAUGAAAUGCAAGAGAUUGAUCGCUGCGGAUACAAAAGACGUGGUUCUUUCUGAAGGUUUUCUGAAUUCCAGUUUAGAAAUCGUAACUUUCAUACUCGGAAUGAAAAAUCUUUGCUACGAAUCAGAAGUUUUUUUAUAUUCUCAACUCUGUCGGUGGAGUUGGACACAAUGUUGUAAGCGUAAAGGAUCCGAAGAAGUAACCGUAGACGAAAUGAGAAAUACAAUGGAACCACUUCUACCAUUUAUCAGUUUUUUAUCUAUGAGUAAAGAGGAAUUUCUUCAUUACGCUUUUUCUUUUAAGAUUCUAACUCAUGCCGAGGCUAAUGCUAUUAUCGAGAAUAUCAUAAAUCUCGAUUCCAAAGAAUUGCCGCAUUGGUGUUGGGAUGGACAGAGAAAACCUAGUUUCAAACUUCGCCCCUGGCAAUACAAUUGGAAAACUACUUGGAUUUGCGAAAUAUCGUGUUACAAUAAAAAGAAAUUAAAAAGUCAACUCGGAUAUUCUGGCUGUAAAUUCGAUCUGAAGUAUAAAGAUAUCGAUCUACGUGGAUUGUGUUUCUUCGCACAGACCGAAAACGAUAUAAAUCUUCCCGGUAGUUGUGAAAUUACGAUUUGGUUCUUGCGCUCAUUUCAAAGUCAUUUCAUAAAACUUAGAGGGAAAUUAUCACACGACCAGGCAACAGAUAUUUUUAAAGUAAUUUUCCUAAAGCCACUUUUUCUAGAAGCUGGAGAAACGUAUACUUUUCUGGUCGAUUGUCGACCCCUCUUCAAGAAUGGUGAAUGGACUUCGUGUGCAAAUCUCGUGAAUAUAAUUCCGAGUGAAGUAGAAGGAAUCGAGUUUAUAUUUCGACAUUUUCCGAUAAAAUAUAGACCUUUUUUAAUAAUUGAUCAUCCUCAUGAAUUAUUAUUUAAAAUUCGAUAAAGCCGUUUUCAAAUUUUAUAUAAUUCUUUAUAAAAAUUUUCUUUUCGUUAUCUUCUAUAAAGUUUGAUUAUGAUACAAUUCGACAUAAAUGCAAAUUCUAAAAUUA